CCUGGCAGGGCUGGGGCUGGGCAGACCCCUGGGAGGGCUGGGGCUGGGCAGACCCCUGGCAGGGCUGGGGCUGGGAAGACCCCUGGGAUCAGAGGACCACCUCACCACCAUACUACCCAUCGCACACAAAGAGAUGGAGUGCAGGUAUAGGUUGGCCAGUCCUGAGGAUCUUUCCCCAGCAACCCUAAACUCUCCCAGCUACCUGGCCGACUCACUACAGAGCUGUACUUCACUGGCCUACACACAGGAUACUCAGUCCACCAAUGUCUAUCCAGAUGACAAUGUCUCAGUGUUGAUGGAUGACACCUCCAGCCAAUCAUCAGCGGCGGCUGACAGUGAGGAGGAAAGGAAGAGUGCCUUAGAGAAGAGCAUGUAUGUACUGAAGGAACUCAUAGAGACAGAGAAACUGUACGUGGAGGACCUGGGGCUCAUAGUAGAGGGCUACAUGGCCACUAUGACUAUUAAAGGUAUACCAGACGACAUGAAGGGAAAAGACAAGAUCGUGUUUGGAAACAUUCAUCAAAUGUUCGACUGGCAUAAAGACUACUUCCUGGGCGAGCUGGAGAAGUGUAUAGAAGAACCAGAGAGACUGGCCCAACUUUUCAUAAAGCAUGAGAGGCGCCUCCACAUGUACGUGGUGUAUUGCCAGAAUAAACCCAAGUCGGAACACAUCGUCUCCGAGUACAUCGAGACCUACUUCCAGGAGCUAAGGCAACAUCUGGGUCACAGAUUACAACUCAACGACCUGCUGAUCAAACCAGUCCAGAGGAUCAUGAAGUACCAACUGCUGCUCAAGGACUUCCUCAAGUAUUACACCAAAGCUGGGAUGGACACAGAAGAGCUGGAGAAAGCGGUAGAGGUGAUGUGCUUUGUGCCCAAACGCUGUAAUGACAUGAUGAACGUGGGACGCCUGCAGGGCUUUGAGGGUAAGAUCACGGCACAGGGGAAGCUGCUACAGCAGGACACCUUCACAGUGAUGGAACAGGACAGCAGCUUCCUGUCCCGAGCCAAGGAGAGGCGGGUCUUCCUGUUUGAACAGCUGGUCAUCUUCAGCGAGCCAAUCGACAGGAAGAAAGGGUUCUCACUUCCUGGUUACACCUUCAAGAGCAGCAUCAAGGUGAGCUGUCUGGGGGUGGAGGAUCCAGUGGAGGGGGAGGCGGACCGCCUGGUGCUGACAUCACGAGGAACUGAUGGAAGCAUGGUGCGCUACGUGCUGCAGGCCACCUCCCCAGAGGUCUGCAGGGCCUGGGUCGAUGAUGUGGGACAGAUCUUGGAGACCCAAAGGAACUUUCUCAACGCCCUCCAGUCUCCCAUUGAGUACCAGCGGAGGGAGAGUAACAGCAAGUCCAACAGCAUGGGCCGGAGCAUGAGAGCCCCCCUGUCUGCGGCCACCGGCCCCCUGCGCCCCCACUCUUCGGCCUCCAUUGACCGCCAGCGCCUGCCCUGCCUCCUGUCUUACAACACCUCCCUCCCCACCCUCUACCUGCCCAGCCAGGGCGGUCAGGUAACCUGCCCCCAGGGACCUGGUGAGACACACACACCCCAGGAGUCUCCUCUGGUCAGUAGGAACUCCCAGGCAACAGUCUGUCAGUCUCACAUCCAGCUAGCCUUCACCGACCAGUCUGGCCUGUCUCACUACUCCAGGACCCAGACCCCCCUGCAGUGCCAAGCUGUUUCCAAUGGGCUGUACAGCACACAGCAGAGAGCAGGAGAGGGCUGCCGUGGCAGAGGGCUGCCUGCUGAGGCUGGACCUCCUCCUGUAUCCAUCCCUGGUCCCUCGGCAGGCCGGCGCUCCAGCAACCUGGCCCAGCUCAAUGAAGAUGACCUAUGAACCGUGACCGCUAGGAGGAAAACUGGAAGGUCAUGGACCUCCACAGCUAACACAAAGAGAAGCAGGAGGACCUCAUCUAGACCUAACGUCUGUUGAUGCUAUUGUAAUGUUAGGGUCCUUUUGAAGAUGGAUGGAUGACUCUCUGUAUGGAGCAAGGACUGGAUGGAGGCUGCUUUUUCAGACUGUUACAGGACGGUUCACUGGCAUUCUUAGAAAAAUACCCCAGGAUUCUAAUGGGCUGAAAUUAUAAAGCGUCAUCAGAUUUUUUUUUUUGCGACGUGAAGCGAGGUUGAAGACAUGUGUAGCACCCAGCUGGAUGAUGCAAUGGCUGAGUGUAUGAUUAAAACUCAAUGGACAUCAGGGUUUAUAAUGACUGAUGACUUUGCUAGUUUUAUUGUUAGAGAAUUUCUAUACAGUAUCUAUUGUACUGUCUAUCUAAAGGCCAGGGGAUUUGUUCACAGGAAAAUAAAAUGUC